GCCCACAAUCUCUCGCUAGAGAAUCAGACGCAGAUAGCACACCCAGCACCACAGACCCCCAGAAAGCAACCCAGGGACUCGAACACACUCACAACGCCCCUCCGCGCACUGCGCAGGCACGCCUGCGCCGGCUCACCCCGAAACAUCGCGAGAUCCGGCUUCAAGGCCGGGCUGCUGCCUUUACGCCUAGAGACUAUGUUUCCCAGAAGGCACUGCGGCGCCGGCCCUAUCAUGGCGCAGCAUCGCUGUGCUUUGUGCGUCUGCGCCAUCUUCCGGCUGCGCACGACGAAUCCACCGGUACCGUGGGGGAAGCGCGCCCUGGGCUGCCGGGGGCGCGGCCGCGGUGGCACUUGGACCCGAGGAGGCGACAGGUGAGGGGCUCCGGAGCUUUCCAGCCGCUCUGGGGUCCAGCAGGAGCUGGUGCCGCGGCCGGUUGGGUCUCAGGCCUGAGAAGAACGCAGACGUCUCGCCCCAUCGUCGCUCUGUGGCUUUACCGGCGUGAGACUACAUUUCCCGCCGGCCCUCGCGACGCGCGCUUGCCGGCGCCCCCUUUCUGCUUCCAGCCUCAUAGCCCAGGUGCAUGGACCCCUUAGCUCUACCAUCGCAGGACUCUGCCCUUCCCCAAGAGAGGAACCAGGAGGAGGACCUAUCAGCCCUUGAAAUUCUAAAAGUCAUGUCCCUCGGGUCAGAAUUGUUCAGGGAUGUGGCCAUAGUCUUCUCCCAAGAAGAAUGGCAGUGGUUGGCACCUGCUCAGAGGGAUUUGUACAGAGACGUGAUGUUGGAGACCUACAGCAACCUGGUCUCACUGGGUCUUGCCGUUUCCAAACCUGAUGUGAUCUCCUUCCUAGAGCAAGGCAAAGAGCCUUGGAUGGUGGAGAGGGUGGUGUCUGGAGGCCUGUGUCCAGUAUUGGAGUCCAGAUAUGAUACCAAGGAAUUAUCUCCAAAGCAGCAUGUUCAUGAAGUCGAAUCACCCCAAUGGGAGAUAAUGGAAAGCCUUACAAGUUAUGGUCUUGAGUGUUCAAGUUUCCAAGAUGAUUGGGAAUGCAGAAACCAGUUUGACAGACAACAGGGAAAUCCAGACAGACAUUUUCAUCAAAUGAUCAUCAGACAUGAAGAAAUGCCCACUUUUGACCAGCAUGCAUCCCUUACUUUUUAUCAGAAAAUUCAUACUAGAGAAAAACCUUUUGGGUAUAAUAAAUGUAGAAAAGACUUGUGGCAAAAGGAACUCCUUAUUAAUCAUCAAGGAAUUCAUACUAAUGAGAAACCCUAUAAAUGUAAGGAAUGUGGGAAGGCCUUUAAAUAUGGCUCACGACUAAUUCAACAUGAGAAUAUUCAUUCUGGUAAUAAACCCUAUGAAUGUAAGGAGUGUGGAAAGGCCUUCAAUUCUGGUUCAAAUUUUAUACAACAUCAGAGAGUUCAUACUGGUGAGAAACCAUAUGAAUGUAAAGACUGUGAGAAGGCCUUUAGUCGAAGCUCACAGUUGAUUGAACAUCAGCGAACUCACACAGGUGAGAAACCCUAUCAGUGUAAGGAAUGUGGCAAGGCCUUCAAUCGGAUCUCACAUCUUAAAGUACAUUAUAGAAUUCAUACUGGUGAAAAACCCUAUGCAUGCAAGGAAUGUGGGAAAACCUUUAGUCAUCGUUCUCAGUUGAUUCAACAUCAGACUAUUCAUACUGGCAAGAAACUCUAUGAAUGUAAGGAAUGCGGGAAGGCUUUUAAUCAAGGCUCAACACUUAUACGACAUCAGAGAAUUCAUACCGGUGAGAAACCCUAUGAGUGUAAAGUAUGUGGAAAGGCCUUUAGAGUGAGCUCACAACUCAAGCAACAUCAGAGAAUUCACACUGGAGAGAAACCCUACCAAUGUAAGGUAUGUGGUAGGGCCUUCAAACGGGUCUCACAUCUUACUGUACAUUACAGAAUUCAUACAGGUGAAAAGCCAUAUGAAUGUAAGGAAUGUGGGAAGGCUUUUAGUCAUUGCUCACAAUUGAUUCAUCAUCAGGUUAUUCACACUGAGAAAAAGCCCUAUGAAUAUAAGGAAUGUGACAGGACCUUGAGUCAUGAUUCACCUACCGUUCAACCUCAAAGAAUGCGUAAUAGAGAAACACAUGUGAAUAUAAUAAAAGUAGAAAAGCCUUCCAUCAGCAGUUACCCCUUACUAAUCAUCAGAGAAUUUAUGUUGGCAAGCAACCAUAUGAAUGGAAGUAAUGGGGAAAGUCCAUUAGCCUAGGCUAAUCACGACUUACUUCUCCCUCCUGGAGAAAGACUUGAAGAAUGUAAUGCCAGCGACAAUGCCAUCAUUCAGAGGUCAUCCUUUAUCCUAAGUCUGAAAAUUCAUAUCAAAGAAAAUUUUAUGGAUGUAAAUUGUUCAGAUCAUAAUUGUCAAAGAAGCAGGGAAAGCUUGGAAGAAAUUUUAUUUCUAACACAUUCCAGAAUCACAUUUUCUAACCACAGUGUAGUAAUUUUAUCAAGAGCAAAAAGUUUUAGUUUUCUUACAAGUUAAAAAAACAGCCAAAUUAUCAUUUGCUUAACAAAGAAAUCAUGCAAUUACUAUAAAUGGUAAUGAAAAGAAUGAAUUGAGAGUUUAACAUGCCAAGAGAUGUGAAAUGUGGCCAAAGAGAUGUGAGGGUAAGGGGAAAGCCAAAGCUACACUGGAGGAAUUUUUAUAGCCUUUGAAUGCAUGCAUAUACAUGAAAUUCUGAAAGAUAAACUCAUAUGCACUAAACAUGCUGUUCAAGACUACCAAACAUCCAGGCAGCGAAAGAAGAAAGUAACAGAAAAUGAUGAAAUAAAGAGACCAUCUUACACUAAUCUCGGUUUUUGUUUCUUUCUGAUCCAGAAGUAAUCUAAAUUUAGGAGAAUAUUUCUUAAUUUCCACAUUGUUACAUUGUUUUAUGUGACUGGCACAGACAAUCAUUGGUUGCCAACCCAGCAGCCAUACCCAAUUCCCCUUGUUAUUGGCAGCAUCUGUGUCUUGCCUUAGACUCUGAGGAUAUCAGAUGCUAAUUUUCCAGUCUCCUGUGCAGCACAGCAUGGCCAGUAUCUCCCAGUGUUGCUCAGUGGAAUCUGUCGGGGCUUCUGGGAAAGAUUUUCCUCAUUCAGAAGAGACAGGUUUAUCAUGAAGAUUUCCUCCUCUCUCACUUCCUGCUUUUAAACAUUCUUAUAUGAGAACAUGAUGCCUAAAGCUGCUGCAGCUAUCUUGGAACCAAGAAGAGAAAAAAGUGGACCUCAGAGAAGCUGACCCAGAGCCUGAGAAGACUCAGCUACUAGGCCAAUUCUGUAACUGCCUUUUUGAUGCCUUGUUAUGUAAGAAAAAUAAACCUUGAUUGCUCAGUUA